CGCAGGUCCUUCCCUCCCGUAUACCCGUGCAGUGCAUGGCCAGCAUGUACGCGCCACUCGUUCUUUCUCUUUCCUGUCUCCUCGCCCCUCUUGUGAGCGCCGAUGUCACCAUUUACGGCCUAUUUGGCCAGACGACCGCCGACCCGGGCGCAUUGCGGUCAGGAUCGGCAGCGGCGCCGUCAGCAACAGCUGCGACGACGACCUCCUUUGUGACGGUUCCGGGACCGCCUCAGUACACCGAACUCGCGGCGUACAACCCUAUAUACAUGGAGCCGCCCGCAAUUCCAGACCCUGCACCGCCGCUCCAGUUUGCCAUCGGAGUGCCCACAAGCGCGCAGCUCAUGAAUGGCCUGUCUAUACCCCAGCAUGGUACCUUCUUCGGUUUCUCCAUCGAAAUGUCGGUCGCGAACCAGCUGAUCGGCACGAACGGUACUACAUUACACCCUCAAUUCCUCAACCUCAUGAACAUCGUCGCUCAGAAGGCGGGCGCAGUUCACAUACGUGUGGGCGGUAACACGCAGGAGACGGCCUUCCUGGUGGACACCCUGCCCGGUGGGAAAAUGAUGGAGAAGGACAAGGAAGACGCGUCCAACCCUACAUCAACUCCUGUUCUGGCAUUUACGCCAGAGCUUCUGUACAUGAUGGCGAACGUCUCCAGUCUGAUCAACGCCAAAUGGUAUCUAGGUAUUCCCUUCAACGACACGUCGAACUUCCGCUUCCAGAUCGCCGAACAGGGAGAAGCCAUCUUGGGCGACAACCUUCUUGCGUUCCAGGCGGCCAACGAGCCCGACCUCUACGGCCCCCACGGACACCGUCCGUUAACCUACAGCCAGUUUGACUUCUUCGGCGAGUACGCCCUGCUUACGCAGGCGUACCAGAACGACACGUCUAUUCCGGUCAAGAACAACUUGAUCGCGCCGAGUGUGUCGGGCACCUGGACACCCGAGAGCAUCUGGGACACCGGCUUCGUCGAAGCAUACACGGAGUAUCUGGCCUUCUUGGCUGUCGAAAGAUACCCCACUGACAACUGCGCCGUCAUCUUCCCGAACCCGAACAACCCGCCGCACGACCCGCUGCAGGAGCUCCCGCAGUUCCUGUCGCAUCAGGCCGGCAUUAACCUCGUGCAGCCGUACGUUAACUCGACGAUGCUCGCACAGACGUGGAACAAGCCGUUCCUGAUGUUCGAGACGAACUCUGCGUCGUGCGGUGGAUUCCCGGGUAUCAGCGACACGUUUACGUCUGCGCUGUGGGGUCUCGACUACGCCUUGCAGAUGGCGAACAGCAACUUCACGGGCGCGUUGUUCCAUUUCGGUGGUCAGAACGUCUCGUACAACCCCUUUACAGCGGCACCCACGAACCAGUCGUCUUUCCACCAGUGGACCGUCGGUCCCAUUUUCUAUUCGUCGCUCUUCGUCGCCGAAGCGCUCGGCCAGACGAACACGUCGCAAGUGAAGGACAUGUUCCCGAACAACGGCAACGAUCAGACACCGGCGUACGCGAUCUACGAGAACGGCAACUUCGCGCGGAUGGCCCUCAUCAACUACAUGACCGACCCCACCGGUGCACACGACUAUACCGCCACGAUCUAUGUCGGCGGGUCGGGCUUCAACGAGGACAACGGCGCUCCUGCCUCGGUGAAGGUCAAGUACCUCCGCGCCCCCUCUGUGUCCGAGAAGGACAACAUCACCUGGGCUGGCCAGACCCUCGGCGGUCGCUUCCAGGCCGACGGUACAUGGAAGGGUGAUGAAGACAUCCAGACCGUGCAGUGCGACCAGACGCAGAACAUGUGCCAGAUCACGGUGCCCGCGCCUGGCGCGGCCCUCGUCUUCUUUUCCGAUGCCGCACAAGCGGCGGUCGACCCAGCAGCCCCGCAGACGUUCGCGACGUCCAUCGUGACGAAGACAGCGAACACCGUGACGGUCGACCCAUCGGUUCUCGCGACAUCGAACGGGCAGAGCGGCAAGAACCGCAUCUCUUCAGGCGGCACGAGCCAGGGAGGCGCGAACGGCGCGUCGGGCAUGACGGGCUUCGCGCCUGGUGUUGCGGCCUUGGCAGGCGUUCUCGGGGGUGUCGCGGUGUUCAUGCGAGCGCUCCACUGAGCUAUGCCCACGGAUGAUUGCCCGCUAGUCUUGCGGGGACUGUGGGAUGACUUGUCGCUCUGUAAUCACGUAGCAUUCUUGAGGAACAUCGGGCAUAGGUUCGCUUUGGUGGCGUCGAAGCUACUUCCACAUCGUGUCAUUUUCACCUCGGGUUUGCUGGCCGACGUCAACUACCGUCUUCUAUGCAUGAGAGAGAACGUCUGAACUCAGUGAGGUGUUGUAUCAGCUGGCCGAAACUUCAUGCAAGAAGAAUAUGUGGGUGGAGGGUGUUGGAUACUUACGAAAUGACAGGAAC